AAAUUGUAGUGUCCGGCCCCUCCCAGGGACUUGUUUCGUGCGCGAACAUCUUACUUAGAAGACCGUUGAUAUUUUCCCAAAUGAGAUAAAACUUUGUAAUGUAAUUUCUUUUCCCUUUCCUUGCAUUUCGUGAGGCGCCUGUGUGUCAACGUCUCCUUCUCUUUUGCAUGACCCUUCUACGUUUAGCAUCUCUCUCUCAAACUAAUUUCAGAGUGGACAAAGAAGAAACCCUAAAGACCCAGACCAGGGAAUUGGUUAUAUGUAUAAUAAAGAAGAAAUGAUGACCAAUUUGUUGAAUUUACGAAGCAGUGAUAUGCUUCAUGAGUAGAUGGAGGCAAUUCUUGCUGUUCGUUGCUGGGUUUCGUGAAGCUUUUAUUGGUCCUGUUAUUCAUGUAAUUGGUCAGGAUAAACCAGUUUAGAGUGGCUGUUAUGGAGCAUUUGCCUCAUGAUGCGACAAGAUUUAGUGGGAGGUUCGAGUAUUUGUUAAGAUGGGUCCCAAAAAAUGAGCAAAUAUAAUGAAAUGGAUACAAAAGAAGAUCAAGAUGAUCGGCCAUCCUCACCUUACUGGGUGUUGCAGCAUCUCUCUGGGGAGGCAUUUAGAGUGGCUGGUGAGGCAAUACAGAAUGUUCACUUGGGUAGUUCGAGCACCCCGCCACAAGGACUAGAGCAUAGACGUAGUCGAAGUGAAGUUUUAAUAGCGGGGCACAAGCGUGAUAACAAUUUUCAGAAAUGGAAGGCUCAGGUGCAGAAGGCUUGGAAAUGGGGUAGCAAUUCGCAGGAACAAAGUUUCCGGUCGAGUUUCAAUCCCGAGGUCUUGGCAAACCAAAAGCGUCAAUGGAGUCAGAAUCACUCCAUAAUCCAGGACCAUAAAAAAUACAAGGAGCCCACCUUGCUUUUUGAACACUUCAUCGUUGCGGGUCUUCACUCAGAUGUUAAUCUCGAAGUUGUGGAGGAUGCAUUUGCCAAAAGGAAGAAGUGGGAAUUGGAGAUGACAAAAUCUGGCAGCAAAAAUCUCAGUAUGCUGGAGAAUCGGGGGCCUUCACUUCCAACUCUGGAACCUCAGAUUCUUUUUAAAUAUCCUCCUGGGAAGAAAUUGUCCAUGCGUUUGAAGGAUUUAGCAGCCUUCUGUUUUCCUGGUGGUGUAAAGGCACACUUACUGGAAAGGACUCCAUCACUGAGUGAUCUAAAUGAACUUGUUUAUGGACAGGAGCAUUUAAGCAGAGAUGAUUUAUCAUUUAUAUUUUCACUUAAGGUAGCAGAUUAUGCAACACUUUAUGGUAUUUGCUUACACGUAGAGGAAAUCGUUCAGAGACCACCUGGGAUCUUAGGUGGCUUUUCACCCCUUUCCCAAUCACCUCGAGGAUGCAGCCGUUUUUUGGUUUCUGCACCUCGCUGUUAUUGUAUACUAACAAGAGUUCCUUUCUUUGAGUUGCAUUAUGAGAUGUUGAACAGCAUCAUUGCAGAGGAACGACUGAAUCGGAUAACGGAGUUUGUUAAAGAGAUGACUCUUUCUGAUUAUGUCCCCUCAAUGUCCAAACUGCAUGAUCAAACGAAUGAGAAUAUUGACUCUCCUGAUAGGGAGUGUUUUGCUGAUUGGAGGGCUUCUGCCAUACCUGUUGACAGCGCAGUAGCCCUGACUGCUGCUGCUGCUGGCAUUAGAUUAGAUGAUGACGCUAGAUCUUCUUCACCAAGGAGAUGGGAACCUCACUCGCCUGAAAGUGCUACUGCUAGUGAGGCUUCAGAUUUUAGUCAAGUAAAAGAAACAGAUAAAGAUGGUGGAAAAAAUGUGCUGUAUUUUGAUGAUUAUGCUUCUGAGGCCUCGGAAGUUCACUCUGAUUGUUUAGAGAGAAUGAAUGGAGGCUAUGAGAAUUGCCCAACUUCUCCUGAGUUUGGGACACAUUUCUGCUCCAAGAACCAUCCAUUGGAGCAUCUUGGUAGUUCUGAAUCCUCAUUUAGUCCAUCAAGAAGCACUGGAUCAGAAGAUGAUGAUGAUGAAAUUUUCGUGAGUUGUGAAAAAGAAUAUGGGGAUGAUAUAAUAAUGGAAUGGGCUAGGGAACAUAAAAAUGGUUUGCUACAGAUAGUUUGUGGUUAUCAUGCCCUGCCUAUUCCAGCAAGGGGAAGUGAAAUAGUUUUCAGGCCCCUUGAACAUCUACAAGCUAUUGAGUAUAGACGACUUCCCAUUUCUGCUCUUGGAUUUAAUGAAAAAUAUCUUGAUAUGGUAUUGCAGGAUUCACUGGAACCAUCUGAGGUCAAAGCAAAGUUAGCUGCUGCAGAGGAAGCUUUUGCACUAUCAAUAUGGACAACUGCAACAAUUUGUCGAGUUCUUUCUCUUGAAAGUGUUUUGGCUUUGUUGGCUGGAGUAUUAUUGGAAAAACAAGUGAUAGUAGUUUGCCCAAAUCUGGGUGUUUUAUCAGCAUCAGUGUUAUCUCUUAUUCCUAUGAUUCGUCCUUUUGAAUGGCAAUGUUUAUAUCUCCCUAUUCUACCAAGGAAGAUGCUUGAUUUCCUUGAUGCUCCAAUUCCUUUUGUCGUUGGCUUACAAAAUAAACCAGAUGAUUUGAGGAUCAAAACUUCUAAUCUUGUUCAUGUAAAUGUGUCCAAGGACCAGGUGAAAAUGUGUUACUUGCCUUCACUUCCUCGACAUAAAGAGCUUCUCUCUGAAUUAGGACCAAUUCAUGCUAGACUAAGAUGUGAAAACUCCAUAGCUAAGAGACAUCCUGUAUACAAGUGCAAUGAAGUGCAGGCAGAAGCUGCAGCACAAUUUUUGACUGUCAUGAGACAUUAUUUAGAGUCACUUUGUUCUGACUUGAGAUCUCAUACAAUCACCAGUGUGCAAUCAAACAAUGACAGGGUUUCUUUACUUCUCAAGGAUAGCUUCGUUGAUUCAUUUCCUACUAGGGAUCGACCAUUUAUUAAGCUACUAGUAGAGACACAACUGUUUAGUGUUCUAUCUGACUCUCGUCUGUCAAUCUACGAGCAUGAGUACAUUUGACACCUGUUUAAGUUCAGUUCUUCAGCUCAGAUAUUGAAGAUAGGAAACAAACAAAUCCAUCAGAUAGGAGCCAAGGGAUGGAGGCGUGAGAACUGAAAUCAGUUCUUUUGAUGAUAGCAUUGACUGCAUCGGCCAGUUCUGCUGUUCCAAUGGUUUGGGAGUUGUCAGCCAUGACGAUCUGAUGCAUAGGUUAGAGGCUUAUAAAAUUUUGUAUGGUAAUGUUUAGUAUAGUGAAAUGCUUCAGAGGAAAUGAUAUAUGUAGCACUGCCCAACAAAAAUGAUCAUCAUCCCAAUCUUUUUAGAAGGGAUGUGAUGUUGGGAUUACCAAAGAUAAGCAAUGUCUCAAAUUCUUGUAAAUGUUAAAUAACCCAAUAAAAGAGCUAUCCGAGGAUAAUAUAAAAUUAGAUGUAUCAUAACCUUUGGAGCUUUUAAUUUGAUGUUGCUUUGUAUAUGGUAACAUUGAGAUGAAAUAUAUUUUGAAGUUCAGCCA